CUCGUGGUCAUGUUGCACAGUACUGAUGAUGCUAUUUUUGCUACUCCACGUGCAUUAUAAUCCCCAUUUUGUCUGAAUCUGAUUCUUCUCAUGAUUCUUCAUCUUCACACUUAGACUUAAGUACUUUGCUUUGUUGAUGGACAAGGCUUAACACUAACAAGAUCAAGAAUAGGGACGGACAUAAAAAACCGUAAAAAUGGGCAUUCCUCAGUACUUCUCUUGGUUAAAGCAGAAGUUUCCAGGUUCGUUCCAGGAUGGAACCCCUAGAAAGCUGAACCUCACCAAUGUCGAGCAUUGUUACAUCGAUCUCAAUUGCUAUCUGCACAAUGUGGUGCGGCGUGCGACAAAUUUUGACACGUUUGUGGGAUUGGUGAAGCGUGAAGUCGAGGGAUUGCUGAACCAGUUUCCAAGGGACAGUUUGUUAUGGAGAGUUUGUUAUAGAGUUUGAUUUUAUGGAGUUUGUUAUGGAAAUUGGUGUGGUUGAGUCAGAGUGGGGGUUGAGUCAGAGUGAGGGUGUAAUCAAUCUCCUAAUGAUCUCGUUUCACUUUUUUCUGGUGCCUAUACACAAUUUAUCUUCUUGUUGUUGUACUAUUGCACUGCUUGUCGCCGGUGUGCUACUAGAUCAUUUGGUAUUAAUACUGAUAACCAUAACGGUAAUAUCCAUCUUUAUCAAUAUGGUCCAUAACUACUUACGUUAACGAGCGUGGAGGUGGUCUCGCAUCGCAGCACUCUCCCUUCUUCUAAGGUUCAAAACUGUCUAUCUCGCAGUGGACGGACCAGCAGCUAGAGCUAAGGUGCUUCUUCAGCGAAAACGCAGACGGGCAAAGCAGAGUAGCAGUUUCUCGAUCGGUAUCUCUCCAGGAACAACCCUGAUGCGUAAGUUAUGCGACGGCUUGCGCGAGUGGUGUGCGACACUAGCGAAAAAGAGGAGCAUAGAGGUGACGCUGAGCGAUGGGUACAACUUAAUGGACACGUUUCUUCUGGUGACAUUUAUUUUAAGCCCAAUUAUGUGUUACAAUUACACGGCUGACGCACUCGGUUGACCUCAGGAGUUGAAUGAAUUUUCACUUGCUCCUCGCGGCUAGAAAUGAAAUAUUACAAGAAGCUCUUGUGAAAAUGGUUGAUUUGAUAUGAUCUUCAUCUUGUCUGUAUGUUGUACAGUAUUAUCUUGUCAUCUGUAGGUUGUAUAUCAUGCUCACACGUUACUUUUGUUGACGAUCUUAAUCACACAGUUUCGUUCCCGGAGAAGGCGAGCACAAGAUUAUUUCGGCUAUUAUGACCAACCAAGCCAAGUCCCGUGGCGCACAUUGCGUUGUUGGAUCGGAUUCGGAUUUGUUCCUGAUCGUUUUGGGUGCAGCGGCGAAGAAUGUCUACACGUGGGAUGGAGAACAUAGACCUGGCAUUGUCUUCACCCGUAACAACAUGGUCAACCGCAUUCUGGAAUCGUGCACGGGGAUGAAGAAUGCAAGUCAAGGUCAACAGCAAAUGCAACGUGGAAGUCUGUUGCACAGUGGUAGCGCUUUAGAAACGGCAAUUAGAUUAGAUUUUUCGCUUUUAUCGUUGUUGCGGGGAGACGACUACUUGCCGAGCCUAGUUACUUUUGAAGCGGCGUACAAAGUCUACGAGCAACUGGUAAAACCAGUGUGUCAGAAACAAGCAGUAGACAAAUGGGCAAUUAUCAAACGAAAUCUCAGUGGCAGUAGUGCUGCAGGAAAAAAUCUUGGAGAAAACGCUGGAGAUCUAGCUGGAACUCAUGACUUCUUCGACAGUGACAGCGCAGCUGUACUUGAUGACUAUGGUGCCGCGUUGCACUCUUUCCGUGCCAAUGAAACUUUGCCGCAGUGCAUAGCUGGACUGAACGCGCAUAAACAACUUGUAGUCGCUGGUGGGGCCAAUAACAAGGCAUCUGGUGCAGGAGGUGCGGACGCUAUUCUGCAAAAAAUCACACCCGAAUGUGUGGACGUGAUCACGAACUACCUACAGGGACUUUGUUGGGUUUUAGACAUCUACCAGAACGGGCGACCUUUGUUAAGGGUAACUAGGUUAAAGGUGCUUUUCUUACCGCUUUUUAUGCCUCUCUCCCUUAGGAAUAGGAUGAGAAAGGCAGAACAACAAGCGGGAGAACCCGCGAGCACCAAAAGGCUACCUCUAACUUUGGAUUACCACUACGUCUGCCGCUCCACUGGCGAAUCUUCCACCGCCAGAACCUUGCCCCGACUCGACGAGACCCUAGUAGCCGCUUGGAUGCUCAACCACAAGAGAGAGUUUGGAUCUAUCAGAGGCGCAGUGAACCUGGACGCACCUGACACGGGAAAUCCGUUGCAUCCAACCACAGCGGCAAUGUGCUUGAUUCCUUCGAAUAGCAUCAAAAGUUGCUUAGACAGUGAAACGUGGAAAGCCGUGUCCGAAUUAUUGAAGCCAGCGACAGAUACGCUGCUAGGUCCUGUGGUCUUGUUCGAAGACGACCCAGAAGUGAAGCGUUUGAAAGCGAAUUUAGGAGUGGAGAGCGCCGAAUACAACAAAAGAUUAACGUUUGUGCAGGUACAAGAAGUGCUUUUUACACUCGAACUUGAUACUUGUCGAUCUCGAUCAUUUUUCAAGUUUACCGACCCAGAAUGCAGCCUACGAGCAACUCAAACAUGUAGUUAUCUUGUUCAAUAUAUUUUAAUCUUUUUAGAAGCUACUACAUCUUCAACAGGACCGCGGACUCGACAAAUUUACCGACCCAGAAUGCAUCGAGAUAAAGCGCAGGAUGCAAACUGCUCAGACUGCUUACCAAGUUAAGAAUCAAACUCAAGCCUGUCUGUAUUUAUACUUUGUCUUCUGUUCUUACUAGAAGAAUCUUCACUAUGUUAGAUGAAGUAAUUUUGAGCACUAAAUAAAAAAAGGUUGUUAAGUUGUUGUUGUAAUUUUUUUACAUGCUUCACCUGGCAGGUGACACCUGCUCCUGCAGAGGCGCAGCUGUCAAGAUGAUAUUAAGUACCCCUUUCAUACCCCUUUCCACUUCCUUCUAAUCUGCAUCGCCUUGCCAAUUUUAA